GAGCACCAACUGCCCCUACUACAACGAGUACUUCGUGUUUGACUUCCACAUGCCUCCCGUCAUGCUUUUCGACAAGAUCAUCACGCUGUCGGUGUUGCAUUCCAGGCGCCUGCUCUGCGCCGGGUGCAUCGUGGGCAGCUUCAAGCUGGACGUGGGCACCGUGCACGCCCAAGCUGACCACCAGUUCUACCACAAGUGGGCGCUGUUGACGGACCCCGAGGACCCGCUGGCGGGCCCCAAGGGCUACCUGCAGGUGGACCUGAGCGUGGUGGGCAAGGGGGACGGACCGCGCGUGCCCCCGCCGGGCCCCGAGCGCGACUACGACGACAUCGAGGCGAACCUGCUGCUGCCGGCGGGCGUGCCGGUGGAGCGGCAGCGCGCGCGCUUCGUGGUGCGCGUGUACCGCGCCGAUGGGCUGCCGCGCCUGGCGCCCGCGCUGCUCAACAGCGUCCGCUCCGCGCUCACGGGCGAGCCGCGCGACCUCGUCGACCCCUACGUGCAGGUGUCCUUCGCCGGCCUCACGGGGCGGACGAGCGUGCGCAAGCACAGCUACGCGCCCGUCUGGAACGAGCAGCUGGUCUUCACCGAGAUGUUCCCGCCGCUGUGCCAGCGCAUCAAGGUGCAGCUGCGCGACGAGGCGGUGGGCCAGCACAACGUCAUCGGCACGCACUUCAUCCACCUCAAGGCCAUCUCCAACGAGGGCGAGAAGGGCUUCCUGCCGACGUUCGGGCCGACGUUCGUGCACCUGUACGGGUCGCCGCGCGCCUACAGCCUGCUGGACGAGCACGCGCCGCUCAACGCGGGCCUGGGCGAGGGCGUGUCGUACCGCGCGCGCCUGCUGCUGGCCGUGCGCACCGAGAUCCUGGACGGCGCCGCGCAGCUCGCCGCGCCCACCGAGCCCGAGCUGGAGCCCUGCGCGCCCGUCAACGAGGCGGCCUAUGGGAAGCUGGAGGAAUUCUUCCUGUUCGGCGCCGUGAUGGACACGACAAUGAUGGACAAGAAGCUGGGCGACAAGCCUGUGGUGCUGGAGCUGAGCAUGGGCAACGCCGGCAACUCGCUGGACGGCCACAACGAAUCCUCGCGGCAAGUGGAGCACGACAGCGCGCCUGAGGGCGUGUCGUCGGAGCCCUGGUGGCAGAGCACGACGCCCUCCGUGAAGCCCAUGAGCCUGGACAAGCGCUACUACUUCCUGCCCUACUGGGACGACAAGCCGUGCGUGGCGGUGCGGUCGGCACCAAAAGCCAAAAGCCUUUUGGCUCACGCCUUUUUGGGCAUUUGGCUGCAACGGCCCAUUAUUAUUCGUUUUGAAACCGUUGCUUGA